CAGUCGCAUUAUAUUCCAUGUCUCAACUCUACAAAUACAUGCCACUCCUUGGCCUAUGUGCUCUAUCUCCACCAAGCUUGUGAAAACUAAGUCCCUUCUUUACUUAUUACACCUACAAUUUUCAUUUCACACACCAACGUGCCAUCAUGGAUUCAGGUUUCUACUUGGUGUCAUCACUGAACCACCAAGAAGUAGUCCAAAGCCGUUUCUUCGAUCCCUCUUGGCUACAAAUGCAACCCCACGUUCCCAUGAGCUUUGUUUGGCCCAAAGAGUGCUUAGUGGACGCGAACGAGGAGUUCCACGCUCCAAUGGUGGACCUUGGAGGGUUCCUAAGGGGUGAUGAUGACGAGGCCACAAGCCGAGCCGUUAGGCUCGUGCGCAAGGCGUGCUCGAGCCACGGGUGCUUCCAAGUGAUCAACCAUGGUGUUGAUUCCCGUCUCAUCAGGGAAGCAUAUGAUCAAAUGGACGCUUUUUUUAAGCUUUCGAUUCGUAGAAAAGUGAGUGCUCGAAAGACUCCAGGUUCAGUAUGGGGAUAUUCUGGUGCCCAUGCUGAUAGGUUCUCCUCCAAAUUGCCUUGGAAAGAGACCCUCUCUUUUCCCUUUCAUGACAACAAUGAGUUAGAGCCGGUUGUUACUAGGUUCUUUAACAACACCUUAGGGGAAGACUUUGAACAAGCUGGAGUGGUAUUCCAGAAUUAUUGUGAAGCCAUGAAGCAGUUGGGGAUGAAGCUGUUGGAGCUUUUGGCGAUUAGCUUGGGAGUGGAUAAGUUGCAUUAUAAGGACUUGUUUGAAGAAGGUUGUUCCGUCAUGAGAUGCAACUUUUACCCAUCAUGUCAGCAGCCAAGUCUUGCAUUAGGGACUGGACCACAUUGUGACCCAACAUCUCUCACCAUUCUUCACCAAGACCAAGUUGGAGGGCUUGAUGUGUUCGCCGACAACACGUGGCAGACCGUUCCACCUCGUCCCGAUGCCCUUGUAGUUAACAUUGGUGAUACUUUCACGGCAUUAUCAAAUGGGAGAUACAAGAGUUGCCUGCACAGGGCAGUGGUUAACAAGUACAAAGAGAGGAGGUCCUUGGCAUUCUUUCUGUGCCCCAAAGAGGACAAGGUGGUGAGAGCCCCAGAGGAUAUUGUGCGUAGGGAUGGGACAAAACAGUAUCCAGAUUUCACAUGGUCGAGUUUGCUUGAAUUCACACAAAAGUACUACAGAGCCGACGAAGCUACACUGCAGAACUUCACCAAGUGGUUGCUAUCCUCCAAACAACAAACCCUUUAGGUUAACCAACAAAUAGAUUCUGUUCCGCUCCUUUGCUUUUACUAGAGGGUCCAGACGCAGUGCCGCAUUAAAUUACCCCCUGUUCGUUUCCUACCGUCCAAAACGUGAAAAUUUUUAUGUAACUUAUUCCACUACGUACGGCGUGUUUCAACUUAUUGCUAGGAACUUUGUGGUGGAUUAUAUAUAUAAUAUCUAUGCAACUAACGUUUCUGGUUGACAUAAUUUAGACACCAAUCCUAGAAGAUA